AUGGCUUCCCACCCAAACCUCUCACACCUUCUCCCUGCCGCCCGACUGCGUCAGCUCGCCCGAGAUUGGCUGCAAGAAGAUGGUCCCAGCUUUGACUAUGGUGGCUACGCCGUGGGCAACCAUCAGGUGUGUGCUGUGCUCUUCUGUAAAUCCCCCGGAGUCUUGGCUGGUUUCCCUUUCUUUGAUGCCAUCUUUGCCGAAGUCGGCUGCUCGGUGGAAUGGCUCCAAACCGAAGGAACCUGGGUUGAACCUGUCACCCGAGUGGCUGAAGUCCACGGUCGUGCCAAUGACCUCUUGCUGGGUGAGCGAGUGGCACUGAACUGUCUGGGGCGCUGCAGUGGUGUUGCCACAUCAGCAGCAAAAGCUUGUCGGGCAGCACAGGAAGCUGGGUGGCAUGGAGAGGUCGCCGGGACAAGGAAGACCACCCCGGGGUUCCGUCUCCCAGAAAAAUAUGCACUUCUGGUCGGGGGAGCCUCCUGUCACCGUUACGAUCUGGGAAGCCUCAUCAUGUUGAAGGACAACCAUAUCUGGGCGUCUGGCAGUAUUACCCAAGCAGUUCACAAUGCCCGACGGGUCGGUGGGUUUGCCCUGAAAAUAGAAGUGGAGUGUGGCUCCUUAGAAGAAGCUCUCGAAGCAUCAGGGUGUGGUGCUGAUAUUAUCAUGCUGGACAACUUUGCUCCUGAGGACUUGCAUCCUACAGCCAGCACCGUAAAGGCCUCAUUCCCCCGUGUGACGAUUGAAGCUAGUGGAGGAAUCACCGAGCAGAAUGUGAUCCGCUUUGUGGGGCCCAAUAUUGAUGUGAUUUCCCUGGGUUGCCUCACCCAAUCAGCCAAAGUGGUAGACUUCUCCCUCAAAAUCAGCCGGGAUCAGACUCCCAAGCCAUCACUGCGCAAUUUUGUUUUCUGAGGCGAGAUGGGACAGCCAACCAACCAGUCCCAUGAAAAUCUUUGGGAGAUGGGUAGUCGAACAGGUUUGAAGGGGUAACAGGGGCUAAGUUGCACCUGCUGCUU